ACUGCUAAGGCCAUGAAGGCUGCCCACGACAACAUGGACAUCGAUAAAGUUGAUGAGUUAAUGCAGGACAUUGCUGACCAGCAAGAACUAGCAGAGGAGAUUUCAACAGCUAUUUCACAACCUAUAGGAUUUGGAGAAGAGUUUGAUGAGGAUGAGCUCAUGUUAGAAUUAGAAGAACUAGAACAGGAGGAACCGGACAAGAAUUUGCUGGAAAUCAGGGGACCCAAAACAGUCCCUCUACCAAAUGUUCCCUCUAUAACCUUACCAUCAAAACCCACCAAGAAGAAGGAAGAGGAAGAGGAUGAUAUGAAGGAAUUAGAGAACUGGGCUGGAUCCAUUUAACUGGUCCAAUGUGGGCUGGGC